AUGAGGCUUCUCAACACCAAAACUCUAAAGCUCGAGGAGUUCCAGAGUCAGAUCCCGACGUAUGCGAUUUUAUCUCACACUUGGGGCGACGAGGAAGUCUCAUUCGUCGAUUGGCAAGACAACUUGUCCGAUGUCAGAGAUAAAUCUGGUUUCGACAAGAUACAAAAGUCUUGCCAACAAGCCCGCGUCGAUGGUUACGAUUAUCUAUGGUGCGAUACGAACUGUAUCGACAAGAGAAGCUCUGCAGAGCUCAGCGAGGCUAUCAACUCCAUGUUCAGCUGGUACAAGAACUCUGCAGUUUGUUAUGCCUACCUUGCCGACGUAAGCCUAGGCGACCUGCCAUCCUUUUCUUCCUCUCGCUGGUUUACUCGUGGAUGGACGCUACAAGAGCUGCUGGCACCGAAGUCACUUAUCUUUUUUGCAAAGGACUGGUCUAUCUUUGGAACACGCGAGUCUCUAUCCGACAAGAUUUUCGAAAUCACAAAGAUAAAGAAAGAUCGAACCGGAGACAAUAUCCAUUAUGUCAGCGUCAGCGAGCGUAUGUCUUGGGUCUCGCACCGCGAAACAACAAGAGUAGAGGAUAUAGCAUACUGUAUGCUCGGUAUCUUCGACAUUAAUAUGCCCUUACUGUACGGCGAAGGGAGCAAGGCAUUUAUCCGACUUCAAGAAGAAAUCAUCCGCGUAUCGAAUGACCAGUCCAUAUUCUGUUGGGAAUGGAAUAAAGAUUAUGUUCCUGAUGUCUGGCCAAGCAUGUUAUCGCCGUCACCCAAGACCUUUGAAAACGCUGGUUCAUACUACAAACCACCUUGGGCCAACGAUUCUUUGUCAUACGCCACAGGCAAUUCCGGGCUGUCGAUAAGUCUCAAGCUACUGAAUAUUGCGUAUACGAGAACCCUUUGGCCGACAACAGCCUAUCGAAGCUUCGAUUCAAAGGGCAAUCGCUUCUUGGCUGUGCUCGAUGUUGCAUGCCAUGACACCAAACAACAUAUCGGAAUCGUUUUGCAGAAGCUACCCCUGUCCCGUCGCUACGCCAGAUUCCCCUUUCCUCAUCGUCCUACCCCUAUCAACAGUGUUAUUGGUACAGCUGUAUCAAACUUAUAUAUUGCUGGCCCCAGAGACCAACAGCUUCUGAUGGCGCAGGCACCGAUAACAAAAGACGGCCCAAAGUUUGGUGUAUUUGUCUCUGUGAGCUGCCCCAAUAACAUCAGUGCCAUCUCCACCAAACCUGAGGUAGAUCCAGAUCUUUGGACUCAUGCUUUGCGUCCAUAUACUGACACUCUGUUUGGAGCCGUGUUCGUGGUGAAGCUUGUUGUGGAUCUUCCAUCAGGGCAGUCAUCGACGGAUUCAAUCGCCGUCUUCUGCUUUGUCGGCGUAGACGAUGCAACAUCUAUUAAGGAAUCCGUUUGCCAAAUUCUUGAGGUCCGAGGUACUUUUGGCGACAGAUCUGGCGUCGAUGAAAGUAUUGCUUCCUAUGAGACCAAAAUGCGUGAAUCUGUCCGAAGAUCAGGGUUGCCUGGUGUGCUUCGCCCAUCUCCUUCAUCCCUCAUGUCCAUCUUCGAUGAGGCCGUAUGGCUGCACUGUGGGUCAUGGAUUCGUAUAUCGGAUAGCUCCAGAGUUUGUUUAGCACACAUCACCAUCCCCAUGGUUACACCGUUUCGCUUUCCUUCUAGGUGCAACCAGUUCCUUUGA